CGGCUCUAUACUACUACAACAACAAUAGUUCCAAAGUUUCUGUUGUAUUCAUACAGUCGCGUGUAUUGUAUUCUCAAGUAUGACUUCAACCACUCGUGCCGCCCCGAGGGUCCAGGUUCUGAAUCUUCCAGAGGAAGAGAGCGACGAGUUGAAGAUCACACCGCUAGGCUCUGGCCAAGAAGUUGGACGAUCAUGUCACUUCUUGGAAUUCAAGGGCAAAAAAGUUUUGUUGGACUUUGGCAUCCAUCCUGCCCUGACUGGAAUGAGUGCCUUGCCUUUCGUCGACCACAUUGAUCCUGAGCAAAUAGAUCUUAUGUUGGUAUCGCACUUCCACCUGGACCACGCUGGAGGCUUGCCCUGGUUCUUGAUGAGAACACGUUUCAAAGGACGUUGCUUCAUGACUCAUCCAACAAAAGCCAUUUACAAAUGGCUUCUUUCUGAUUACAUUAAAGUUAGUAACAUUGCUACUGAGCACAUGUUGUACUCUGAGAGCGAUCUUGAAGCUUCUCUCAACAAGAUUAAUGUGAUCAACUUUCACGAAGAAAAGGAGGUUCAUGGUAUCAAGUUCUGGUGCUACCACGCAGGACAUGUGCUUGGUGCUGCUAUGUUCAUGAUCCAGAUUGCUGGUGUAAAGAUACUCUACACUGGUGAUUUUUCAAGGCAAGAAGACCGUCACUUAAUGAUGGCAGAAAUACCCCAGAUUCGGCCAGAUGUUUUGAUGAUUGAAUCAACAUAUGGUGUAAGCAUUCACGAGCCUCGUGAAAGUCGAGAAUCUCGUUUCACCACAACAGUUCAUACGAUCGUGGGUCGUGGUGGCCGUUGUCUAAUACCUGUGUUUGCUCUUGGACGAGCACAGGAACUCCUCUUAAUUUUAGAUGAGUACUGGCAGCAGCACCCUGAGUUACACGAGGUACCCAUCUACUAUGCAUCAGCCUUGGCCAAGAAGUGUAUGAGUGUGUAUCAGACAUACACACAUGCCAUGAAUGAAAGAAUUCAGCGACAAAUUUCUAUUUGUAACCCCUUUCAAUUCAAGCAUAUUUCAAACCUGAAGGGUAUGGACCAGUUUGAGGAUAUUGGGCCAUGUGUCAUUAUGGCUUCACCAGGUAUGAUGCAGAGUGGGCUCUCCCGGGAACUCUUUGAAAUGUGGUGCCCCGAUCCUAAGAACGGUGUCAUUAUUGCUGGUUACUGUGUGGAGGGCACAUUAGCUAAAGAGAUUUUGAAAGAGCCAGAAGAAGUCACCACAAUGUCGGGCCAGAGACUUCCAAUGAAGUGUUCAGUUGAAUACAUAUCGUUCUCUGCUCACACCGACUUUGAGCAAACUUCUCACUUUAUCCGGACUAUUCGACCUCCAAAUGUGGUUUUAGUUCAUGGAGAAAUGACAGAGAUGUCUCGCCUGAAAGCUGCCUUAGAGCGAGAAUACGAAGGUAGCGAUGAAAAUCCUGUUAAGGUGUACAACCCAAAGAAUCUUGAGACUAUUACUUUCCACUUCAGGGGUGAGAAGAUGGCCAAGGUCAUGGGAGAAUUGGCUAUACACAAACCGAAGGAAAACGAUGUUGUUUCCGGUAUUAUGGUUAAACGCAAUUUCAACUGUCAUAUUAUUUCCCCCAAAGAGUUAGUCAAAUACAGUGAUCUGUCAGUUUCUACCAUUAGCCAGAGGACCAGUAUCCACUAUACUGGAUCGUGGCAGCUGCUGCAUUACCUCUUGGCCUCCAUGUACGGCAGUGUGGAAGUCAUCCUCUCAGACAACUCUGAAAAUAAAAGUCUUCGAAUAUUUGAUACAAUUACCAUAGUGGAGGAGCCACCCGUUGUGGUGUUAGAAUGGGUCGCUUCUCCAACAAAUGAUAUGUAUGCUGAUGCUGUGAUGAAGGUGAUUCUUAAGGCCCAAGAGUUAGAUAGUAACGCUGUCUCCAUACCAGCAGUGACGAGUGCAACAUUUGACAAGAUGCAUUACAAGGAGUGCUUGAUAGAAUUAUUCCAAGAAAUGUUUGGAGAAGACUCUGUGCCCAAGUUGUUUAAGGGAGAGAAGCUCUAUGUGACUGUCAACAAUAUCAAGGCCAACAUUGAUCUAACCUCAUUGGAGGUCACAUGUGAAAACGAGAAGCUACAGAGGAUAGUACAGACAGCUGUAACAAAACUGUACGAAUCCUUAGCACCAGUGACGUUAGGUAUAAAGUAACAGUGAAAAAAGAUGAGUAUGAACUGUUUUCAUAGUGUAUUUGGAAAAAAAAAAAAAAUUUAAGUAUGAAUACAUUAAAUAAUCACACACAUUCUUUGUAUUUUAUAUUGAUGAACAAUUCAAAGUUUUGACAAAUUUGUCUUCAGUUGUACAGAUUAAGAAAUUUAUAAAAUGUGUAAAAAGUUGUCUUAAUUGGGUUAAAAUUUUCAAAAUGUUCCUAGUUGAGUCAUUAAGUUCACAGUGAUGAGUACAAGAACAUUUGGAAAUUUUACAUAAACUGAAACAUGUUUUUUGAUGUAUUCUUGGUUAGAUCUUUAUGAAGUCAUAUGCAGGAAAAGAUGGAGAGGAUAUUUUAAUGUUGAAUGUUAGUGAUAAAGAACUAGGCAGAUGCAACAUCAUCUUAAUUUGUAGACAUUUUGCCAUCCAGUGGCUUUAUCAAUACAAGGACAUAAUGUGAAGAAUGUAGAAUUUUAGACAAGAGAUGAGGUAAUCAGUCCCUCGGAGUUGGUGAAGAGCACCAUAAUCUUGAAGAAUCUGAAGCAUUCUUCAGAGUCUUCAAUACUAUGAUGCUCUUCACCCACUCCGAGGCCGAAGGACAGAUUACCUCGCCUUUUGUAUAUAAUUCUACAUUCUUUACAUUAUGUCCUUGUAGUGAUAAUGCCACUGGAUGGCAAAAAUGUCUACAAAUUAAGAUACCCAGAUGUUGCAUAUGUCUAAUUCUUCAUCUUGUCAGUACUGUAUACCAUUCAUGUACAGAAUUAGUGGUGAAUGGGAGGCAGGGAUUUCAUGUGUUGGGCAAUGAUGUCUAGGACCGUAUAGGAGCCUGCGGUGGAUAUGGAAAUAGUGCACAAGACAGUGGGUGGAAUGAAAGAGUGUAGUAACUGGGGCAAAUGUUAAAAACAGGUGGUUAUACAUUGUUCAAGUGGUAGAUGUAUUUGGUCACUAUAUGCAUGAAAGACUGGAAGAUACAUAGGGAUUAUCAGAGAGCAUAGCUCCUUGUAUGAGGGAUAAUGGGACAAGAGAGAAUGUAAGAAUUACAAGGGAACGAGUAUAUUGGGUGGAGUGUAUGAUAGAAUUAUUAUUGAAAGGGUUACAGUAAGACAAAGUAGACUUGCAGAGACACGGAGGAUUUAGGAAGGGUAAGAAAGGUGUAGGCCAUUGUUUAUGCAUAUAUGUGAACAGUACUUAGGUAAUUGUAAAAAGCUGUUAGUUACAUUUAUGGAUUUAGAAAAGAAUUGUGAUAGAAUGAACAGGAGAGACUUUAAGCAGAAGUUGGAAAUAUUUGGAAUAGGUGGUAGGUUACUAAGAUCAGUCAAGAGUGAGGCUCUGGUUAGGAUACAUAGGAGGGAAGGAGACCAUUUCCCAGUGAAAGUAGGAUAUCAACAUGGUUAUUUAGCAUAUUUAUAGAUGGGGUUGUAAAAAAAAAGUGAAUGCAAGGGUGUUCGGGAGGUGUUGCAUCUGAUACGAAGUGGGAAUUGUUCUUAACCGAUGACAGUUCUUUUGGUUGAUUGUGAAGAAAAGUUGCAAAGGUUGGUGGAUGAAUUGAAGAGGAUAUGUAAAAGGAAGAAAUUAAGUGAACAGAAAAGAGCAAAGUGAUGCGGGGUAAUAAAAGGUCCCAUCACCUUGCUCUUUUUAUGUUCAUUUAUAAUCUCUUGUUUUUAUAUACCUUCCCAAAUUCCUCCAUCAACCUAUGCAACUUUUCUUCAGAAUUUCCCAAAAGAUACAUGUCAUCAGCAGAGAGCAAUCUAUGACAACUCCCACUUUGUGUCAGAUUUGUUGUCCUUUAAUCCUACACCUUAUCAUUUACUUUUAAAAUCCCAUCUAUAAAUAUGUUAACCAUGGCAACAUGCAUCCCUGUCUAAGGGUUACUUUUACUUGAAAAUAACCCCCUCUCUCCUAAAUACCCUAACACGAGCUUCACUAUCCAAAAAACCCUUUUACUGCUUUUAGUAACCUACUACUUACUCUGUACACUUGCAUAAUCUGUUAUAUUACUCUAUCCUCCCUGUCAUACCUUUUCUCAAUUCAUAGAUGCAACAAAAAGUUUUGUACUUUUAUCUAGGUGUUGUUCAUUCAUAUAUUUUAAUAUACUCCUGGUUUACACAAUCCCUAUCCUUCCCAAAAUCCUCAUUGUUACUCUGUAUUCCUACUUUUUUUGCCCUACCUUUAAUUUUUUUUUCAGUAAUUCUACCAUACACUACCAAUUUUACUCAACUUUCUAUAAUUCUUGUCCCUUUUUUUUUUCCUCUUUGUACAAAGAAUAUACUUCUUCUGCCAGUCCCUGGUUCCCCCCUUCAUUCAUACAAUAUUGAACAAAUACUUUAAAAAAUUGUAAUCCCCACCUAUUUUUUAAACAUGUCUUUUUGAUCCCAGCUGCCAAACCCCCCCCCUUUUUUAUUCUACCAACUACCUCAUCCCCAAUAAUGAAAUUUUUGCUUUUAACUGCUAAUUUGUUUCCCGUGUAUGUAUUUACAAAAAAUUCACACUCCUAGUAGAGAGAGAAGGGGAAAGUUAGUGAAAUUUUUUGAUGCUAUUUGAUCAGUGGCAUUUACAAUAAGAACCGGGGUUAUGAUAUUGACUGAUUAUUUGCUCCAACCCUUUUACAGCCCUGCUGCCAAAAAAAAACUUGUAUGAUGCAAGUCUUUUUUUCAGGCUAAAGCCCCCUUUGGGCCUGUUCGUGUAUUGUGUAUUCAAAAGUUUUUUCUAGAUAUUUAGUCCUGUCACCUUUGAUGAGUUUAGCAUUUGCCAUGCCAUAAAGUGUAAGUUUUUUCCCUGAGAAUAUGUUAUGCGGGAUCCUAUAAGCAAAUUGGUGUUCUUAAAUUCUGGUUUUUUGAUUGAAAGUCGCCGUGAUGGCUGUGGCACAGAAGUUGUGUCUGAAUUAAGGAACACCAAUAUGCUGAAAGGCCCCCACAACACCAGCUAUGUAGGUAGUUCACAAAUAAACAUUGACAAAGGGUAGUGCAACAGGUAGAAUGCACUUUAAUUAUAACAACACUUAAACUGACCAAGGUGGUUGUAGCUUAGCUAAACCACGGGCUUACAUCAUAUACAAGUCUUCCAGUAGGGUUGUACAGGAUUUUAAGCAAAAAGUCAGGAGAACCCCGAUGUCAGUUCACAACAUUGUCCAGGGGACCUCUUACCCGAACUCCAAUAAUAUAUGCUUUGAAAAUAAAAUAUCUAUACUACUAAGCCUAUUAUAAACUACCCUUUAUAAAAUUAAUUUUUUCAUGCUGUAUUUUUUAGGAGAGAGGCAGGGGGCCCCUGUUGGUAAAAGCAUGUGUGUCUGGGGAAAUGCACUUGUGGGAAAUACUGUGGGUAGCAAGGAAGGGAAGUUACCAAGACUGGAGUGUGGAGGAAGACUCACAGUUAUAGCAUUAAGGGAAACUUUGCCACAGGUGACUUCUUCAGUCCUAAUACAGAAAUGACUAAGAAAAGAACAUAUUUAGUGGGUGGAGACAGGUGACACACAGCAUAGUGGAUGUCACCUGCUGGCAGGCUUCUGUGGGAUGGUGUUUGAGAUUCCUAUAAGCAUUUUCAUGCAUGACUAGUCAUCAAUGGAAAUGCUUAGAAUCCUUCCUUAGAGCAAUUGCAAACACCAUCCCAAAGAAGUCUGGCAGGUUCAGCAUCCCCAAGUAUUUGGGAGUUAAAAUGUUGACCAGACCGACACAGUCAUCGGGUAAUUGCAGUGGGAACUUUCAUAUCACCUGUCUCCAUUCACUGUGUGUUUUCCCUUCUUAGCUGUCUUUCAGGACUGAAGAAGCCACUCAAGACAGUAGAAAUGAAGAGGUAAUUUGAGAUGGUCAGUUCCUUAGUUUGAAGCAAAUGCUAAGCAACUGGAGAUAAUGUCACAGACAAGUGUGGCUCACUGGUAGAAGUAGGUCAUGCAUGACCUACAUCCACUAGGGACCCACACCUCACUUCUGCUUUAGGCUAAAUGACUGACCACCCUCAAAACUGCCUCUCCACUUGUCUCCAGUGCUAUAUUCAUCUUAUCACAGAAAGCCUGUGCAGCAAAACAUUACUAUGAAGAUAACUAAAUGUUGCACAUGCAUCUUAGUCAUCAAAUGUUAUAACUGUACAUGUGUCUUCCACAUAUUAUUGGUAUUACCAUACCUUGUACAACUAAGACUGGAGUGUUAUUCAAACCUCUAGAAUUAUUCUCUUAGCCCAAACUCAUUCUUCUAUCCUAAACAGGGUAGAUAAUUAGGCCAAAUUUGAGCCUUUCCAGAGCCUAAUAAAUACAUAGGACAUUAACAUUUUCAGUGGAGGAACUCAUAAUCCUCAAGUAACCAUACAGCCCUAAGUCUCUCACAAGCGGAAUGAGGAGCCAAGAUGUAAAACAGUGUAGCUCAAGACCUAGCAGUUUGUUUCCCAAUCAUUUAGAUUUCACUUGUAAGUAGGAAUAAUGACCGAACUUGCUUUUGUUAAUUCAUAAAAAACUAUUAAAGAUAUGGCAAAAGUCACAAGAGUAAAAAGGUCUUAGAAUAGACCACUCUAUAACAUGCUAGAAGCACAUUCAAAUCCCUUUAAUAUUUUGAUGAACAAAUGCUAAAAAGCUAAAUGUUUUCAUAAAGACAAAGAAACAAGUUGCAGAACAAUUAGGACAUUAUUUUGGAAUACACAUGCCAAGAGCAUCUUCAUAAAGUUAGAUUGACGUGCCACCCAUGAAUCGAUGUUAACAAAAAUGUACAAUAUACGUACACUAAACUCUUCAAGAGAGGUUGAUGCAGGUGAGGGGCUUUUUUUCAUCCAAGGAAUGAAACUUGAAUGCCUUCCUUUUCCUCAGUGGCUGUAUGACUCGUAUGGGUUUUACUCUCCAUGAAUGUAAUAAUUACAUUCAUG